AUGGGUGUUAUCUGUGCUGCCGCGUACCUUAUUAUAAUGUUUUUAUUUAUCCCAUUUCCGUUUGCUGAGUGGCUUGGAACCGAAUCAGAGUUCCCAUAUUCGAAGUUUUUGGCAUUUUUAUCUGGCUUGAUCUCCAUUUGUACUGCAAUCUUGUUGGGAUUUGCUGAUGAUGUUCUUGACCUAAAGUGGCGCCAUAAAUUAGCUUUCCCAACGCUUUCUUCCCUGCCGGUUCUUAUGGUCUACUAUGUUUCAGGAGGUUCCACAACAGUUGUUAUUCCGCUAACGAUUCGCACGUUGCUUGCUCCCUUUGUGCCUUCAUGGAUAUUUCAAACUGUUCCUUCGACAAUCAAUAUCCAUUAUCUUUACUACGUAUUUAUGUGUAUGGUUGUUGUUUUUUGCACAAACGCCAUCAACAUUUUAGCAGGCAUAAAUGGGCUUGAAAGCGGGCAAGCACUAGUCAUUGCGUCAAGCGUUGUUGUUUUCAAUUUAAUUCAGGUCAAUCGUGUUGAGGAUCAACAUUGGGAUCAUAUGUUGUCACUUUAUUUCCUAAUACCUUUCUUGGCAUGUACUUUAGCACUUUAUCAGUUUAAUAAGUACCCAGCACGAGUAUUCGUUGGUGACACAUUUUGCUAUUGGGCUGGGAUGACGCUAGCUGUCGUUUCGAUUCUCGGUCAUUUUAGCAAAACCAUGAUUCUCUUUCUCAUUCCACAGGUACCCAUUUGA